AUGGCCAUCAAGACGGCCUUGGAUCUCAGCCGCUUCACUGACUGGGACCCCGCCAAUCAUUGCGAUGACGGCACCUCUCCGCCCGGUACACUUUGGGGCCAAAUCAACUGCGAUACGAACGGCAACGUCUUCACGAUCACGGACGGCACCGGCACGCUGUGUAGCCCGGGGCAAGGAUGCAAGCCGAACGCUGAUUCGCUGAUCUCAUCGAGAACAAAUAACUACGCGAGUGAUAUCAACUUGAUGGGAUGCGCUAACAUCCCCACCUACAUGGACAUUGAUGACGCCGCCGCCAUGCUGAACAUCAAGAGCGCGCUGGGUGUGACCUUCACCACGUGGGCCGCCAACUCUCCGUGCCACGUGUUUGGAAGCUCGGUGGCCUUCGCCACUGAAUGGACCGGGGUGUGGUGCAACAGCGACGGCAAGGUGGUCUUAUUAGCUGUGGACGGCCUGGGCCUCAAGGGGCCACUUCAUGCUGACAUGUCUGCGCUCACGGCUCUCACCCGAGUGUCGCUGACGUCCAACUUCUUCAACUUCCCCAUCGCCUCCUUCACUUCAAGCAUGAAAUCCUUGCCAAAUCUGGUCGACAUAAGCAUGCACGUCAACUACUUGUACGGGGAGAUCCCCUCAUUUCUCGUGAACAUUCCGAAGCUCGUUUCACUUUCCGCGCCCUUCAACUACCUGAUGGGCACGGUGCCUGCGCCCAGCGCCAAUGUUGUCUUUCUGGACCUCGCAAACAACUUCCUCUCAGACAUCCCAACCGUCGCCACGUGCUACGGCAACAUCAACUGCCUCGGCACGCCCUCCAAGUGCAGCAGCACUGGUUCGACUCAGCGGCCUGCGGCGGAUUGUGCCUUCUGCGCCACCACCAACGGCGCACCCCCGUUUUGCUGGGGGGCGGGAGGAGUGUGCACGCCGAACGCAGCUGCUGCCAUCGCUGCCGGCACGGGGACCAUGUCACUGGCGACCCCGCUUGCCAGGACGUGCGUGGGCGGGCCGCUUGUGGUUCUCAAGGACACCGCAGCCAUGCUCGCCCUCAGGACUGCGCUGGGCGUGACUUACACCACGUGGGAUACCACAGUGCCGUGCAAGAUCGCGGGGCAGAGCACCACUUUCACAAACUGGGAUGGUGUGCUCUGUGACAGCACUGGGAGUGUCGUCAGCCUCGGCGCUGCCGCCAACUACCUCAUAGGCUCCGUGCCUGCGCUCGCCUCCGGUCUGCGCACGCUGGACCUGCGGUUCAACUUCCUCACGGACGUGCCAGCAGUGACCUACACGUAUUGCGGCGGCAACAACAACUGCCUCACCACGCCCUCCAAGUGCGCCACUGUCGGCUCUGUGCAGCGCCCUGCGACUGACUGUGCCUUCUGCAACACCACCAAGGGCGUGGGGCCCUUCUGUGUGGGGCCGGGAGGGGUGUGCACGCUGGAGGGGAAUGCAGCGGUGGCUGCAGGCACUGUGAACAACUUCACCCAGCCUGUGAUCCCCCUCGCGUGCAUGGUGCCGCCAGUGCCCCUCAAAGACACCUCAGCCGUUCUUGUUUCUCGUUUCUCGUUCCACAACCUCUCUCUCUUCCAGAAGCAGCAAGCCAUCCUCCCCCCUCCCCGUCUCUGCUCCUCUUGCAGCCGCCUGCAUUACAACUAUUUCAUUGGAGACAUCCCCUCGUUCCUCGUAAACCUCCCAAAGCUGACUCAGUUAGGCCGCCAUGAACGCAUGCCUCUCGUGAGCGUUGCUUCUAGAAAAGGCAUGUGCCGCUCGCCUGCCUGCGUAUUGCUCUUCGAGAUGCAUGCCGUAUGCUUCUCCUCUCUCAUGCUCUUGUCCUCUCUGUCCGCCUCUUAUGCCCGCAUUCAUCUGCCCAUGGCCCUCCCCUUCGCCAGCGGUGCGAUGUACAACUACUUAACGGGCUCUGUGCCCGCACUCGCCUCAGGGCUGCGCUCUCUAGAAGUGCGAAGCAACUUCCUCACAGACGUGCCCACAGCCAACUACACAUACUGCGGCGGCGCGGGCAACUGUCUGCUCACGCCCUCCAAGUGCGCCAGCGGCGCCGCUGGCUCCACCCAGCGUUCCGCUGCGGAUUGUGCCUUCUGCGGCACCAGCAAUGGCGUGGGGACCUUCUGCUGGGGGGCAGGGGGAGUGUGCACACCGGAUGUGGCAGCAGCCGUGGCUGCAGGCAUGGUGAACCUGCCUACUGAGCCCACGCGGCCCAUGUCGUGCGUGGGCAGCCCGGUGGUGCCCAUCAAAGAAAUCGGAGUGAUGCUGGCGCUCAAGUCAUCGCUGGGCAUGUCGUCUACCACGUGGGGGCCGUAUGUGCCCUGCACCAUCAAGGGCACCACUGCGCCCGUGGCCACGUGGGCCGGCGUGCUCUGCGACGCUGAUGGCAACGUCCUGAAAAUGUGA